GAAAGAAGGGCGGAACUUUUGGCCCAAGUGCCCACACUACCGACACGGAGAGCUCCGGAAGGGGACGGCCCGCGCCUGCGCGUCUCCAUCUUGCUAAAAGAGUCGCCCCUUUCCCUCCGCUGGUCGCUCGUUUGCCACCGGCGGGGUUGCACCUUUCGGCAGGGCGGGGCCCGGCCAUGGCGACCGCGGAGCCCAGCGGGCACGCGGUGCGGGUGUCUACCCCGGGAUCCCAGCCCAGCGGGGCUCGGGACCGCGCGCCGGGCGCCGCCGGGCCACCCUCCGGACAGAUCGGUAACAGAGCCCUCCGGCUGGGUGGGCGCACCCCCGCCGCCGUGGAGAAGCGGGGUCCGUACAUGGUGGCGCGCGCACCCUCCAUUCAAGCCAAGCUGCAGAAGCACCGGGACCUGGCCAAGGCCGUUCUGCGGAGAAAAGGCAUGCUGGGGGCCUCGCCGAACCGGCCAGACUCUUCAGGGAAAAGGUCAGUGAAGUUUAACAAGGGCUAUACUGCUCUUAGCCAGAGUCCAGAUGAGAACCUGGUGUCCCUCGACUCUGACAGUGAUGGGGAGCUGGAAUCCAGAUACUCCUCCGGGUAUUCCUCUGCAGAGCAGGUGAACCAGGAUGUGAGCCGGCAGCUGCUUCAGGAUGGGUAUCACCUGGAUGAGAUUCCAGAUGACGAGGCCUUAGACCUCAUCCCCCCUAAGCCCAUGGCUGCUUCAACAUGCUCCUGCUGCUGGUGCUGUCUUGGGGACUCUUCCUCCUGUACCCUCCAGUAGACAUUACCCUCCAAAACUGGCCCUGUUCACCGUGAGGCCUACAGAGCCCUGUUGGCCACUCAGCUCACAGAGUGCAGUGAGAACUGGGGUCACUGACCCCUAGAAAGUGACCUGCAGGUAGCCCUUACCUGUUGCUUCUCAGGCCAGAGGCCCCCAUCUGGGCUGUGGGGUGAUAGGUAGAAUUCUGCAGAUUUCCUCUGCUGUUGGAGCAGAGUUUGGAGAAGCCACUUUAAUAAGGGCAGGACAGAGGAAUUCUGGUUCUUGUGGUGGGUGACAAAGGUAACUAAGGAAAACAGUUGCAGACAGCUGGUAUUUGUCAUGGUGCUUCAGGGAGGCACAAAGAGCUCUUGUGCCAGGCUGGGCUAGAUAGUGUUGUGUGGAGGCAGAAAAUGGCACUUUAUGGUUUAUAGCUAUAGCUGGCAAUCCAAAAAAGAGUUUAACUGUUUUGAGACCAGUUCGAGAAAUUCCAUUUGCCCUAUUCUUCCUAGCUCUAAGAUGGGCUGCAGGCUUGACCUUCAAGAGAGCAUCAAGUGAGUCCUUUCGUCCCUCUUCAGGUUGCACCUGUCUAUGACAGGGAUAGCAAGUUGCUUAAUGACACAGCAUGAUCCUGGCUUCCAGAAUCCCUGGACCUGGGGUAUCCCCAACUGGUCCAACUGUCUGGGUGAGUUUAGUGACUCUGGUUCGCCCUUCCCUAGUUAGAGAAAAGCUGCUUCAGCAUGUUCAUAUUUAUUUAUUUGUAUUUCCUUGAUCUGGGCUGCUUUCUUUCCCAGUCUUUGAGCUAAAGAUUGGGUCGAAGGUACUGGGGCUGGCCCCAGAAGGUUGCAGUUUUUGUUAUUACCAGCAGAGGGAGCUACAGGGGAGCAGUCCAGUGCCUUCCUAUUUGCUUCGCUUUUUAAACUUUUGAAAAGUAGCAAUGGGUGAGAGGGGGUAUAGAGCAGGGUGGGCUUUGUCCUAGACUGAGGCUUACAGACAGGAAUGGGAGCAGAGACCUAAGCCAGCUCCUAGGCCCUUGGCUGAGAUCAGUCGGCCAGUGUAAAGGGCCUCCCUUCCCUCCGGCGGGACCAUUCCAUUGUCAGAUUCUUUUGGUCACAGCAUGGGCCUCGUUGGAUACGCAGGAUUAGGCUUUAAGCGGACCUCUGGGUGUAACACAGCCUCUUUCAGCCACCAGCCCAAACACAAAAAAAGUAGGCAUAAUUUCUGCUGUGACAUCCCCUGCCCCCAUAUUGGAGAGUGUCUCUUGCUAUACACUAUACCAAGCCUUUUUCUAGAAUUUUGUUCAAUAGGUGUUUUUUGUUUUGUUUUGUUUUUUGGCCUCACCCAGGACCGUGGUGAGUGUUCUGCUUUGUUUUAUUGGAGACAGGGUCUUUGUCACCCAGGCUGGAGUACAGUGGUGCAGUUAUAGCUCACUGCAGCCUCCACGUCUCAGGCCCAAGCAGUCCUCCCACGAGGUGAGCUUUGAAUGGGAAUAGACAGGGUUCCCAACCCAGUAGUCGGGAUUGGGGUAUAGAUUCCACACGGGAAAAUAUCCAGUCUCUUGCUCUACUCGGUGUUCUGUUAUCACUGGAGGCAUAUGAGAGACAGCACACUCUUUUUGCUCUACAAGGGGUGACUGGAAGAUGAGAAAGUCUAAUAAAAAGAUACGGCGUUAUUUGUUAUUUGUCAGACAAGGGUCCUCACGAUGGUAAUCCUGUGAGUGCUUGAUGGACAUCUGUGUUUUUCUCAAACCGUGGAAGGUUGAGAGGAAUAUGCAGUAUCUGGGGGCUGACUUACUCUCCUAGCUAGCAGCAUCACGGCAGGGAGAUAGGACAGAGACCAGAGCCAUGCCAACUUGGGGUCUGGGGGAGAGGAGGCAGAUGGUUACUCUGUUAUGGAAUAGGACUCUGCAACUCUAUGCAGGCGGCUGACGUGCUGAGCCCUUUGUGCAGAUGCCUGCGGGGAGCAAGAACAUCUCCAUCCUGAACCCCUUUGCCAUCCGCAGAGAUGGGGGCCUUGUGUCUGCAGAGGUGAAGUGCACAUGUGGAAAGGGAUCAAACGUAGCACAGUGUAAAGACGGUGGUGUGGGUGGAAGGACCCAGCGCUUGCCAGGAGGUGGCUGUGGAAGCUGAGUGUAGAGCCACAUCUCUGUCGGAGGUGGUCAGGGCAGAGUAGCCUGGGUGUUUAGCAGCUGCUGGGGUGAGGGUGGCAGGACCCCAAAACCAAGGCCCUCUGUUGUAUCAACUCUGACAUAUUCAGCUGCAAUUGUCCUUGAAGAAGAGUUUUCUAAGCUGGGUCCCAUGUAGGAGGCUGUUACCCUGUAGAAAAGCUGGAGUAACCUGGUGGGACAGUGCAGUGAGGCAUGGUAGAAAUAGUUGUUUAGGGCCAGUAGCCACAUACCAAAAUACCACCAAUGUGCCCAGGGCCAAACUGCCUUAAUUCAGAGUGCUGGGUGUUCUGCAGGUGACAGUUUCCUGGAGAGAGGGGCGUGUCCAGACUCACCUCCCAGACACGAGUGGUACCAUAUGGUGUUUAUGUACUACUCUACCGAAUGCUUGGCUUGCACUUCUACAGCUCUGUACAUUUAUAAGAAUAAAUGCAAUCACACUAGUUGA